CAAAAAAAAAUUAAUAACCAAACUCGAUGACUCAUGGAUUACUGUAAACUAUCAGAAACUGUAGAUAAAUUUGGUCACGCAGGUAUUUGCAUAGGUACAGAAAAAUCCCAGAUAUUAAAAAACUCACUCUUGAUUUUACAAAAUGAAAAUCAUUUUAAAAAAACAUUUUAUUGGGGGCGAAUAAAUGGCAUUCAAGCUGACUAUCAAAUAGCCUAUGGUUACAAAAAAGAUUGUCUAAAAGAUAGAAUAUUUUUUUACAGUCUUGAUGGACUGGACUGGAUGCUACUGCCAAAAUCAAAUAAAUGCAGUCGUUAUUUGACACCAUUGGCAAUGACAUUAUUCGAAGGAAACCCUUCAAUCGUUACAAAUGUUUUGAAAAAUAAUAUUCCAUUUUCUCCAGAUGAUAAAUCAUUAGAAGCUUUCGAGGGUGUAAUGCCAAAUGAGCUGAAAGAAGAAGAUCGUUUAGCAACAACAGUUGAAAUGAUAACUGAAGAAUCUCUUGUGAUUCCUCGUGGAGGUUUUUUUAAAAAUCCCGAUGGAAUUAUAACAGAACAUCCAUCAUACUCAGGAUUAAAUUCAACAGAAUCAAUUGAUCUCAAGUCUUAUCUUCAUGCAAGACUUCCACGUAAAAAAUGGACUGAAAAUUUAUUAACAAGAGAUGACUAUAAUUAUUCUCUGGAUUUUUUAGAUCCAAUUGAAAUGGAUCCAUUAAAAGAAUCAUGGAAUUUACAAGUAUACUCUGCUGGUCAUUUGGUAAUUUUGCAAAAUCUCUUUUGGCCAGGAAUGACAUUUUAUCAUAUUGUAGAUUCACCACAUUAUGGAUCACUCUACAUUGGCUCUGGCAUAAAAAAUUUAAAUGUUCCUUUUAUGAUUUAA